AGGCACUAAGACCCUGUGGCCUCUGAAGAAGUCCCUCCAGAGGAGGAGGCACAGGACACAGGAAAAAAAAAAAGCUGCCUGUGGAAGUUGCAUGUUAACGUUUGACUCCUUGUCAAGGAAGGGGAAGGGGUGAUGAAAUUACAAUGAGAUCAGUUACCUCAGCAGAGCCCUGCAGCUCAGAUCCUGAACUCCAACCUGUGUCCUGCAGAGCUGCUCAAAUCAGACUGAGUGAGAAGCAGCAGUUGGGAAGGGUGGGGAGAUCAGUUUGGUUGAGGGUUAGUGAUCACAGGAAUCACUGAUACAAAGUCUCCAAGUUCAUUGGCCCUUCUUCCAGAUCUGCCGAACGUUCCAUCAUAGAACACUGGCACUGUCCCAGGGCUAUUUGGGGGCACUAACCAGGAAGAGUUUGCGGAAAAUCAGGAGAAGGGCAACAUCUGUAUAGGGCAAGUUCACCAUCCUCUGCACACCUGGGCAUGCAGCACUGAGUCUGGCAUGGAGCGAAUAAAAGUUUUGGAUCAGCUGCUGCCUGAGCUUAACGUUCUUCUGAAGCUUCUGGAUCACGAGCUCCUGAGUGCAACCACUAGAGAGAAGCACAGCGCAGUAUGCAGCAUCCUGAGACAACUACAGCCCGCUCCUGGAGAUGACUUGAACUUUCAAUAUAUGAACACAGCCGCCUAUCACAAUGGCACCAGCUUUGUGGAAUCUCUCUUUGAGGAAUUUGACUGUGACUUGCACGAUUUGCAUGAUAUGCAGGAAGAGUACAGAGAAGCCAAUGAGAGCUCAUCACCCCAGCCACCACCACCCCCAUCGGCUCCACCACCUCCUCUACCAACCACUCCACCACCAGAGGAUUAUUAUGAAGAGGCUGCACCCCUUGGGCCAGGGAAGCUCACAGAAUACAUUACAUCUCGUAAUAGCUCCAGCCCUCCCAACUCUAUAGAAGAUGGAUACUAUGAAGAAGCAGAUAACAAUUACCCACUGACUCACAUCAACGGGGACCAGAAAAACUCCUAUAACGAGUCUGACGGCCUGAGCAGCUCAUAUGAGUCGUAUGAUGAGGAAGAUGAAGAGAGCAAAGCUCAGCGUCUCAUGCAUCAGUGGCCUUCACAAGAAGCCUCUCUUCACCUUGUUCGAGACAGCAGGAUCUGUGCAUUCCUCCUGCGCAAAAAACGAUUUGGACAGUGGGCCAAACAGCUUACACUCAUCAGAGAUAACAAGUUGCUGUGUUAUAAAAGCUCCAAGGACCAGCAUCCUCACUUGGACAUACCGCUAAAGCUGUGUAAUGUGUCUUAUGUAGCCAAGGAUGGGCGCCGGAAGAAACACGAGCUACGUUUUACGCUCCCCAAUGCAGAGGUGCUGGUUUUGGCUGUACAGAGUCGGGAGCAGGCUGAAGAAUGGCUACGGGUCAUCAAAGAAGCUAGCAGUCCAAACAGUGGAAGCUCUUGCGCCUCCCCAGCUCUAAGACACAAGUUGGAUAUGGACAAGAGGCUAUCCCAUGAUAAGACAUCUGACUCUGACAGUGCAGCAAAUGGAGAUAACGGCUCUCCCAGCAGUGGGAAAGAGAACAGGGAGACGGGGAAAUGUCGAAGAAGCGGGCUUGCUGAGCUGAAAGGAUCCAUGAGCCGUGCCGCAGGAAAGAAAAUCACUAGAAUUAUCAGUUUCUCUAAAAAGAAACAAUCUGUGGAGGAACAUCAUACCUCAUCCACUGAAGAAGAUAUCCCUUGCUGUGGUUACCUGAAUGUAUUUGUAAAUCAGUGCUGGAAAGAGAGAUGGUGUCGAUUAAAGGGUCACACACUCUAUUUCCACAAGGACCGCAAUGAUCUACGCACACACAUUAAUUCUAUCGCACUGAGAGGCUGUGAGGUAUCACCAGGACUUGGUCCACUGCACCCCUUUGCCUUUCGCAUUCUGCGUCAGAGUCAGGACAUUUCUAUCCUAGAGGCCAGUUCUUCGGAAGAAAUGGGACGCUGGAUUGGGCUUCUCUUGGCCCAGACUGGCUCGAAAAUAAAGCCAGAAGCCUUACACUAUGACUAUGUGGACGUGGAGACGAUAGCCAACAUUGUCACAGCAGUACGCCACUCCUUCCUAUGGGCAACCUCUUCACAAAGCAGUAGCAGUGACUCACGGGUCUAUGAUGAUGUCGCCUAUGAGAAGAUAGAAGAUCCCAAACGGGUUUCUGGAGGAACACAAGUAAAACGUCAUGCUUCAUCUUGCAGUGAAAAAUCCCGACGCGUGGACUCUCAAGCUAAAGUAAAACGUCAUGCUUCCAAUGCCAACCAGUAUAAAUAUGGUAAAACCAGAGCAGAGGAAGAUGCUCGCAAGUUUGUGAUGGAGAAAGAAAGACUUGAAAAAGAGAAGGAGGCUAUCCGGAGCAGACUGCUGGAAAUGAGAAAGGAGAGGAGGGAACUCAAAGAAACAUUAAAAAACAGUUCAGGCAAGCAGCAGCAGGAUCUGGAGGCCAGACUCUCCAUGUUGGAAGAGCAAUGUAAGGACAGCGAGAAGGCCAGAGUGGAAUUGGAGCUGCAGUUGACUGAGGUCAAAGAGCGCCUGAAGAAAUCUCUGGCAGGAGGCCCUUCGCUUGGGCUGUCUGUGACUAGCAAGACUGAGAACCCAGCUCCUAAAGUCCAGAAGGAAGCUGAUCGCCCGGUGCCAGUCAAUAGUGCAGCAGAACUAAAACGUAAACCUCCAACCAAUGUAACAUCAAACAAAGGCAAAGUGCUUCAAAAGGCCAAGGAAUGGGAAAUGAAAAAGCCUUCGUAAAAAGAGAACAUCACGUGGUGGAAUACUGUAGGGAAAACAAAUCUGGUGAAAGUAGGAUGAAGAAAUACAAGGCUUUUAAGUUCCAGGCACUGCAAGGGAUGUACAGGACUUUGGGCAUGAAUAUUUGAAAUACAGAGUGGAACACUGGAAGAAGGGGAAGAGGAGUUUGAUAAUGUUAAGGAUUUAAGAAGUGAAUAAAAUGUAAAGUAAGUUGCAAUGAAAAAUAGACUGACACAGUAAGUCAGACAAGGACUUUUGUAAUUUGUGAUCUUUUUUGCUGCCACGUUUUGAUCAGAUAUCCUCUGCCAGCAAGAGAGGAGAGGGUGACUUGAUCUUAGGAGGUGCUGAGAUACAACAAGAAAAUAUUUAUACUUUUUAUGGUAAUCGAAGGCUAUAACUAUAUGGAUGUCUGUCUGGGUUCAAAUAUUUCACUUUAGCUUAUGCUAGAAGACACACAAAAGUUAUGCAGCCAAGACAAGAUUGAAAUUCUACAUACAGAGGACGUUUGGCAAAUCAACAGCCGAUUAAAUACAGCAUCAAUGGGCCAACAAUGUACCUGAUCCUGUGUGUCCUACCGAAGAAAUAUAUUCAUCCUUUAGAGUGACAAUUACAUUUGCAAAGAUUUUCUUAUUUCAUUUGAGGGUACAAACCUGCUUUCUUAAACUUAAUUACAGCCAUGUGUAACAUUUUAACCAUGUGGAAAUCUUCUGAUGUAUUUGGUAUGUCAUAACA